GGAAAAUGCCGCGAUAUGAUGAUCGUUACGGUGGAACCCGCCUCUAUGUUGGUCAUCUCUCUUCCAGGACGCGGUCUCGUGAUUUGGAGGACAUCUUUGCCAAAUACGGGAGGUUUCUAUGUUUUUGCCCAACCGGAGGUAUGUGGUGGGAGGUUGCCCUUGGUGGAAUCAGUUGAUAUUCUUGCAAAGAGUGGCGAUUCUUUCUAUAGUGUUAUUGUAUAUUUUUUUUGAUGGAAAUGGCAACAAUCCCAAAGUGGUGUUUACUUCAUCUUUGAGGGGCGAGGUAUCAACCCUUUGGUAGUUAUGUCUUGAUGGCCUUACUGUUUCUGGAACCCAUUUACGCAGAGUACGAGAUGUGGAUAUGAAGCGUGACUAUGCAUUUGUGGAAUAUAGUGAUCCUCGAGAUGCUGACGAUGCCAUAUAUAGGCUAAAUGGUCGGGAAGUUGAUGGGAGUCGCAUCAUUGUGGAGAUUGCCAAGGGGGUGCCACGUGGGCCUGGUGGAUCUCGUGAGUAUUCUGGCCGUGGUCCUGCUCCAGGAACAGGGCGUUGCUUCAAUUGUGGAAUUGAAGGACACUGGGCUCGCGAUUGCAAGGCUGGAGACUGGAAGAACAAAUGUUAUCGUUGUGGGGAGCGAGGUCAUAUAGAAAGAAAUUGUCCUGAGAGUCCCAAAAAGAAUAGUGGACGUGGUCGGAGUUAUUCUCGAUCACCAUCUCCACGCCGUGGCAGGAACCGAAGCCGUAGUUAUAGCAGGGGUCGUAGUUACAGCCGAUCCAGAUCACCUGCAAAGAGAGAGCGCAGCAUUGAUCACGAGGAGAGACCUGCAAAGAGAGAGCGCAGCAUUGAUCACGAGGAGAGACGAUCUAGGAGCCCCAGGCAUCGCAAAUCUUCCCCACCGCCAUCAAAAGGAAGACAGCAUAGCCCCACACCUGAUGAAAGGAGCCCGCGUGAAAGAGGCACACCAUCCCCACGGGACAAUAGACCAGUGAAUGGUUCAGAAUAUGACCGAAGCCCCAAGGAUGGAACUGAAACAGACGACCGAAGAUAUGAUGACGAAAAGAACAUGAGCCCUCUUGAAGAAAAUGAUCGCAGUCGCAGCAAUAGCCCUAUCCCCAGGGACAACGAAAGCCCCAUAGAAAAUGAUAAGCACGGCUCUCCAAGAGGCAGUGAGUCACCUUAAAUCUGUCCUGUGUGUUUAGAGUGUUGAACCGAAUAAUUAAAUUUUAACAGCACUCAAACUAGAGUAAUUUUCUUAUUGUCAUUCUAGGACAUGUACUGAUUUGUUGUAAUUUUCAAAUUUGAAUUCCUUGAGCAAUUGCACUAUAUUUGGUUAUGUUGUCUUAGAGGUUGCUACUUAUAGACUUGAGUUGAAAGGUAUGAGUGUAUGACUUUGUUCUUUAUUUUAGCUUCUGCAUUUUA